AUGCGACAGCAACCCCGGGGGCGCGUCCAUCUCGGGAUGCGGGGACGUGGGGGCGCCGGCGGAGUGCGACCGGCAGCCUCUGCGCGCCUGCUCAUCUGCAUACGCCACGCCCCCGGCCUGACGUCCCCGGCGCCCUGUCUCCGGGUUCUGAUCCGCGCCUGUGGCCGCGAGGAGACGAGUCCCCGACCCGGGAGGGAGGACGGGGUCUCGCCGCACCCGGCGCCCAGCACUUGUGAGGGCCCCACCGAGGGACGCUCGGCAUCGCUCGCCUGGAGCUCGAGAGGAAGGGAGAGGGAUAGAGAGCUGGAAACAUCGACCAGCUGCCUCCCGCACACGCCCUACUGGGGAUGUGCCCGCAACCAAGGUCUGGGGAGCUGCGCCUUAUUUCUAACAGUGAACGGGCUGUAUGCCUCUAGUGAUGAUGUCAUUGAAUUAACUCCAUCCAAUUUCAACCAAGAAGUUAUUCAAAGUAAUAGUUUGUGGUUUGUAGAAUUCUUUGCUCCAUGGUGUGGCCACUGCCAGCGGUUAACACCAGAAUGGAAGAAAGUAGCAACUGCAUUAAAAGAUGUCGUGAAAGUGGGUGCAGCGGACGCGGAUAAGCAUCAGUCCCUCGGAGGCCAGUAUGGGGUGCAGGGGUUCCCUACCAUCAAGAUUUUCGGAUCGAACAGAAACAGACCAGAACAUUAUCAGGGCGGCAGGCCUGCGGACGCCAUCGUGGGUGCUGCUGUCGGUGCCCUGCGCCAGCUCGUCAGGGGCCGCCUCGGCGGCGGGGGCUACAGCGCUGGAAGACGGGGUCGAAGUGACAGUUCAAGUAAGAAAGUGACGGACGACUGCUUUGACAAGAACGUUCUUGACAGUGAAGACGUUUGGAUGGUUGAGUUUUACGCCCCCUGGUGUGGACCCUGCAAAAACCUAGAGCCAGCAUGGGCCGCUGCAGCCACAGCGGUGAAAGAGCGAGCGAAAGGGAAGGUGAAGCUGGCGGCUGCGGACGCCACGGCCAACCAGAUGCUGACCGGCCGGUACGGGAUUAGCGGAUUUCCUACAAUCAAGACAUUCCAGAAAGGCGAGUCUCCUGUGGAUUGUGACGGGGUGCGGACAAGAUCUGACAUCGUCUCCCGGACCCUGGACCUGUUUCCUGACCACGCUCCGCCUCCUGAGCUGCUGGAGCUCAUCAGUGAGGGCAUCGCCAAGAAGACGUGUGAGGAGCACCAGCUCUGUGUGGUGGCCGUCCUGCCCCACAUUCCCGACACGGGAGCUGCAGGCAGAAAUUCUGAUUUGGACGUUCUUCUGAAAUUGGCGGACAAACACAAGAAGAAAAUGUGGGGGAGCUCCCUUUUGGGCGAGGAUCUACAGCACCUGCAGGAGGAGGGCUGUCCCCCCAUCAGCACCAGAGAGCCUUGGGGCGGCAAGGACGGCGAGCCUCCUGCGGAAGGCGACACUGGCCUCAGCGACGUGGAGCUGGGCGACUUGGAGAAAGACGAGUUGUGAGGCUCAGCACAACUUGCGCCUUCUUUUCUCGGGAGCAGAUGUUUCCAGCAGUGGAGGAACGUUCUCGACAAUCAGACGCAUCUACCGUGCCCUUGGUACCAAGAAGUAGCACUUGAUUGGUCAUUUGAAAACACUGCAACAGUGAACUUUUGCAUCUCAAGAAAACAAUGAAAAAUCCUAUGAAUUGUAGCCGGUGGAUGGGGUGGCUUCUGUCAAGUACUAUUUUGAAGAAAACUGCUGGGCUGUUGAGCACUUUCCCUCCCUCUGACUGCUGCUGGGGUGUUCUUGGAGGCUGUUUCUUAUGUCAGUUUUUUAAUGUGAUUCUUUCAUUUGAAUAUUAAUGGCUUUUCCAUGAAAGAAUAAAACAAUAUUUUGGACAAUGCCAAAAAUAAAUAAAUAAAA